UAUGACUGACUGACCACCAUCUAUUUCUCUUUCUCUCUCUUCUGCAACUAUUUCAUCUCCACAAGCUUCCAAACAAAGAGAAUUAAUGGAAAGUGAGAUUUGCAACGUUUAUUCUUCUGGUUCAUGUGUAGUCGUAGUAGUAGAAGUAGUUCUGAUAAUAUUAUUAUGUCUAGGUUGAUGAAUAGAACAAAAAGCCUUAUCUGUAAGAAGCCGUUAAUGGGUGUCUCUGAUCUUUUCUUCGAUUAUUCUUCAUCUUCUUCUUCCUAUAAUACUAUUAUUAAUAUUAUUCCCAGACUACAUUCCUAUGGCCCCAUUCAUCACAACCAAUCCCUCCUCCUCUUAUUAUUAUUAUAAAAACCAGUUCAAUAUUCAAACCCCACUUUCUCCAAUCCAUGGCUCGAGCUGCUGAGAUCAACACCAGCAAUUUUCAUCAUCAUCAUCAUCAUCAUCGUCAACUCAUCAUCAAAGAAUCCUGGCGGUUGAUCCAGUGCUCAGUUUCUCGGCUGUGACCAUGGUUCCUGCACCAAACCUCUCAAAACAACAUCACCAUCAUCAUCUUCAUCUUCAUCAGAACCUUCUUCUUCUUCAAAAGAGUAACGAUAUUAAUAUUAUUAGUACUGAUAAUAACAAUCCUACUUCUACUUAUUAUGGUAAUUACGACAAGUACACGGAAGCAGCAGAGUGUUUCAGUCUUAUGAUGAGCCGAGCGACCGAAGGGUAUGAGAACUGUAGUACAACUGAAUCUUGUUUAGGAUCUGAUCUAGUAGUGGCCACCACUGAUCCAAAUUCAUCUAUGGCUGAAGAUGAAUCCAGAACCAAUAGCCUUAACGAAGCCGGUUCCAGCUCUAAAGACGCUCAUCAACAACAAGAAGAGACCAUGAAAGUCGACCAAGACCACGGCAGCUGGCUCCAAUUGAGUAUAGGCGGCGCUGGAACUCCAACCCAUGGCCAUAGCCAUAAUAUUGAUCACGGCAACCACCACCACCACCAGAUACUAGAACAAGCUGCUAGAAGAGGCUCUGGCUCCGGCGGGUUAAUGAUAGAGCUGGAUCUGUUACCUUGUGGUGGUAGCAGUACUAGUACGAGACAACAAGCCGCGGCGGGGGCUGCGGCUGCGGCGGCGGCCAGGUCAAGUAAUAGUAAUCCUAUGUUUCAAUUAGGGCCUCAUGGUGGCACCGCCGCAGUGUCAAAUUUUGGGAGCGCUGCUACUAAUAAUUUUAGUACAACACCGUUAAUGUAUUUUCAACACCCGGGAAGUACUAGUGGUAGUUCCAACUUUCCUCCUCCUCCUGUUCCUCAUCAUCAUCUUCCCCCUCAUCUUCAUCAUCAGCAAGAGGCCAUUAACUGGGGAUUUAGGCCUAACUUAAUUCAGUACCCCUCAUCAUCACAGCUACAUAAUACUAAUAACAAUAGUAAUAUUAUGGCCGCUUCUCCUUCGUGUUCCUCUUCGUUGAUGAUGAUGCCUCAACUGGGGUCCUCCUAUUUUGGUCGCCAGUUUCAGCUCCAACAACCACCCGUUGUCGAGGCCGCCGCCGGGCCCAGCUUAGACUUCCGAGUUACUAACCCUCCGAAGAGGCCCCACUCCGGCAUUUGGUUUAUGCUUCAAGCAUCACAAAAUCAAGCCAAGGAACCGUUCUUGCCUCAAAUAUCUAAGAGCUUCUUAAGAAUCAGGGAUGGAAGCAUGACUGUUGGAUUGCUAAUAAAGUAUCUGGUCAAUAAGCUGAGAUUGGAUAGCGAAUCAGAGAUAGAGAUAAGAUGUAGAGGGCAGCAGGUUCUACCAAUGUUGACGUUGCAGCAAGUAAGAGAUAACAUAUGGGGUCCAACUGUGACUACUUUGCUUCCAGACUCCUCUUCUUCUACCACUGAUCAUCUCAUGGUGCUUCACUACGCUAGGACUCCUUAAUUUUAUAUCCAUUUUUCUCAUUUAUUUAUAUAAUAUAUGUCUCCCAUGUAUCAUCACCAUUGUUAUAAUUUAUAUUUUAAAAAAGAAAAAAAAAAAAAAAAACCUUUUUUCUUUCGUUCUUUCUUUUUCUAAAUGCCCUGUUCUUAUUUUACUAUUCUCUAAUGGGUUACUUGGGAAUGCAUUGUUUUGAAAUAUGAACAUAACAAUAACUUGACUUGAUCAUAUCGAUUCAGUGUCUUCAGUCUUUGAUUUAUCAGUCGUGUGCAUGAAUUCAAAAACAUGUCUCAUGAUCCAUGAAAGCCCAACCUAUUUCUGGUUUUAAGCCCAUGGCCUGGAUUGAAAGAUCCAGCUAUAGCCAGGCCCAUUGAAUCUACUAAUGACACUUCCUUGUUUGCUUUC